AUGUCCGUUAAAAGUCUUCGAAAUCCUCCUCACUCACUAAUGUUAACAUCAGAUUGUAUUGCUGAUAUUCUAUUUCAACUGAAAAAUGAUCGCGCAACACUAUACUCUUGUCUCCUUACCAAUCGACUAUUUUGUCGACUUGUGGUCCCACUAUUAUGGAGUAGGCCAUUCGAGCAUAUAAUUUCUGGAAAGAAAGCUGCAACCAGCAUAAUCCAUUCAUAUCUAUCCUGUUUGACACUUGAUGAAAAACAGAUGUUAUCUAAAAAAUUGAAACACUGGUUUCCUCCUUUACCUACUCCAUUAUUCGAUUAUCCUAAAUAUCUUCGAGCGUUUGAUUCGAGAAAUUUCCGACAAACCGUUCAAAAAUGGUGGUCUGUUCCUUUUGAUAAUGUUCAAAGUCUCAAAAGAGUGAUAGAUGGUAUCGAAUUGUUUAGCAAUGUGCUGUUAAAUCAUAUUCACAGCUUGGAAUUAUUGAAGUUAGAACAAGAGUACAAUAAUUAUUUUGACGAAGAAGGAAACCUCAUUUGUAGCUUUCCAGAAUUUUCUUCUUACGUAAGAGCUGGUCAAGUAUUACAUAAUCUUCGAAAAUUUGAAUUAACUUAUUGGAUUGAAAUUGCGAGCAACAAUGUUACCGAAGAAAAAAUUUUAGGCUUACUCAAUAAAGUUAUAGAUUCCUCAACGAUUAUUAGACAAAUUUCGAUUAAUAUGCCAAGUUUGCUUGAAACUCAACAAAUAGUUCCACUACUAUCUAAAUUAAUUAGUAGGCAACACAACCUUGAAACAUUUGAAUUCGAUGGCCGGUGGGAUUCCAUCAUUUCAAAUACUUUGUGUUUAUCAAUUCAUAGUCACCUAAAAUAUUUAAGAAUCAAUAAUAUAACCACGAUUAUAGAACUUCUUCCCAUUCUCAACUCAUGGACUCAUCUUGACACAUUGGUAUUAUGUAGACCACAAGUUAUUGAUGAUUUUACAAAGAUUAAUGUGGACACUCUGCCUCCAAUUUUUAUUAGAAAAUUGUUAAUUUACGAUGUUGGACCAGAUCGAAAAAUCUUGGAUAACUUUGUAGGAUUACUACUUCGAUUAGCAAAUCGUCAUUUAAAAGUGUUUUCAUUACAAGAAUGUAUAACACCUAAGCUUUGCAAAAUACUUGUUGAAUAUUGUCGAAAUCUAACUCAUUUAUCAACAAUCAUUAAUACUAUCGACCUCUCUUCGCUUUGCACUACACUUCGAUAUUUACCGAGUAUUGAACAUUUAGUAAUAGUUCAGAGUAAUAGUAAUUCUCCACGACAACGUUCAUGGAUGAUAUCAAACAGUUGUGGUGUUAAUAGACACUCAUGGGAAACAAAGUCUCUUAAAUGUCUUGCUAACUCAUUCCCACCUUGCCUCAAAUAUUUAGGAAUGUGCAUAAAUUUUUCGGUUACUCAACUCAAAAUUCUUUUACAAAAUAUUGAGGCACCUAUUUGUAUAAUGGAAUUUUAUAAUGUCGGUGGUGAUAUGAUGAUGGAUAAAACAUUAGAGUUACAUUUUCUAAGAUUAAUGGCGGAAUAUGCUGCAAGAAAUCCAGGAUUUUGUGUGCUUGGAUUACCUGAAAGUCCAGAAGCUUGGUAUGAUGCUGAUUUUUGGAAGAUGGCAAAAGAUUCUAUUCCUGUUAUUAAGAAGUCAGAACUUCUAUAUUAUCCGGUUUUUAGUAAGUAUUAA